UCCGGAAUGCGCCGAGACCUCCAAAUCGAGGAAACCACGCAGAACGGCUCGUCUCUCCCCCAACCCUAUCGCUGCUCUCCUUCCUCCCACGCACAGGUUAGAAGGGGAAGAAAGCAGGGUCUAGGUGCUACACCGGCGCGGCGGCAGAGCGAUGCACAACCAUCUCUCUUGAAGGAUUGUAUUGGAGCUAUCGAUGGUACACAUGUGCGAGCAGGUGUUACCAAAGAUGUGGAGCAUUCCUUUCGGGGUAGGAAGGCCUUCACCACUCAAAAUGUGAUGGCAGCGGUAGAUUUUGAUCUACGCUUCACAUAUGUGUUAGCUGGUUGGGAAGGGUUAGCACAUGAUGCUACUGUUUUAGCUGAUGCAUUAACGCGUGAGAGGGGCUUACAAGUACCACCGGUUCUACCUAGUUGAUGCUGGCUAUGGAGCAAAGCCUGGGUUCUUGCCCCCUUUUCGUGGUGUGAGGUACCAUUUGAACGAGUGGGGCAACAAUCCAGUCCAAAAUGAUAGGGAGCUGUUCAACCUUAGGCACUCAUCUCUACGGGUGACGGUAGAGAGGGCUUUUGGAUCUCUGAAGAGGCGCUUCAAAAUUUUAGAUGAUGCCAAACCAUUCUUCUCUUUCCCGGUGCAAGUUGACCUUGUUAUAGCUUGUUGUGUUCUUCAUAAUUAUGCACUGUCACAAGGGAUUGAUGAAUUUAUUACACCGGAAGUGACAUGGACCACCCAACCAAUUUGAACAUCAAGGCAACAAGCAAGUGGCGUUAGGGCCGUGGUAGACCGUAGGAUACAAAUGGCAGCCCAAAUGUGGGAAGAUAGACAACUAAUGUAUGCUAAUCUAUAGUGUAGCACACUCCAUGUAUUUGAACCAUGUAUUUGUGAUGUUUAUGCAACGACAUUUUAAUUUAUUUGAUGGCUGGGCA